AUGGGAAAUAAUUCAUCUAAGCCAGGAAAUAAAAAUUUCAAUGGAGCUCCAUUACAACGUACAGAUACCUCCACGUCAGCAAAAUCUUCAAGAUCAAUAAGAAGUAAAUUGUCAUUGAGUAGUAUAAAUAAUGGUAAUUCAAAUAAUAACAACAGCAGUAAACUCAACCAUAAUAACAACAAUAAUGGUGCUAAUCAGACUGAGCUGAUCUCAAAUAGUGAUGAUAAUAAUUUAAAUUCAACGCCAUCUAGACCAAGAUCUAAUAAUGAAAAUUAUAAUCGGACCGAAUAUGAUCAAGGCUUGAAUGAAUCUAGUACGACUCCAAUACAACAAAAAAAUGCAUCGGCCGAAACUAAUUCCGAAAUACCGUCAUUUUCAAGAAAUAAUAGUUCAACAAAUAUAUAUUCAACUUCAUUCAGUGAUAAUAGUAAUUUACCACCUUCGAUGAUGCAACUUCAACCAAAAGAACCUAUACUUAUCAGGAGAAAUACAAAUGAGACUGUUAAUACAACUAUUAGUGUUUCAGGAUUAGAAUCACCGACUAUGAAUUCACCAUUAUCAAAUUCAGUAAAUAAUUCAAAUAAUAAUAAUAAUAAUAAUAUAUCCAGGACAUCAACCAAUCAUUCAAUACCGUCUAUAAAUCAUCAUCUAUCACCACAACCAACUGGUUUGUCAGACUUUGACUCUCAACCAAAUGAUGAAGAAGCAAAUGACAUACUGCAAGCCCCAAAAUCUCCAAAUUUAUCAAUUAAUAAUAAUGAAGAUAGUAAAAGUAUUCAAAGUAGUAGACAGUCGCUGGCAGCUGAUCUAACUGAACUAUCUAAAACUGCUUCAACAAUGAAUAAUCAUCUUCAUAAACAAUCCACAACGUCAUCAUCGAUAGGUGGAGGAAGUAAUACAAUUGAUAUAGAGGAUUUAAUUCAAAGACUAUUAGAUGCUGGUUAUAGUGGGAAAAGAACUAAAAAUGUUUGUUUGAAAAAUACAGAAAUUCAAUUAAUAUGUGCAACUGCAAGAGAGAUCUUUUUAUCACAACCAUCUUUAUUAGAAUUAUCACCGCCAGUUAAAGUAGUAGGUGAUGUUCAUGGACAAUAUGGUGAUUUAAUUCGUAUUUUUACAAAAUGUGGUUUCCCACCUCAAACUAAUUAUUUAUUUCUUGGGGAUUAUGUUGAUAGAGGUAAACAAAGUUUAGAAACAAUACUAUUAUUAUUAUGUUACAAAAUCAAAUAUCCAGAAAAUUUCUUUUUAUUAAGAGGGAAUCAUGAAUGUGCAAAUGUAACAAGAGUUUAUGGAUUUUAUGAUGAAUGUAAAAGAAGGUGUAACAUCAAAACAUGGAAAUUGUUUAUAGAUACUUUUAAUACCUUACCAAUAGCUGCAAUUGUUGCUGGUAAAAUUUUUUGUGUUCAUGGAGGAUUAUCACCGGUAUUAAAUUCAAUGGAUGAAAUUAGAAAUAUUGUACGACCUACUGAUGUACCAGAUUUUGGAUUACUUAAUGAUCUAUUAUGGUCAGAUCCAGCAGAUACUAUAAAUGAAUGGGAGGAUAAUGAAAGAGGAGUAUCUUAUGUUUUUUCAAAAGUUGCUAUAAAUAAAUUUUUAAGCAAAUUUGGAUUUGAUUUAGUUUGUAGAGCUCAUAUGGUUGUUGAAGAUGGUUAUGAAUUUUUUAAUGAUAGAACUUUAGUCACGGUAUUUUCAGCUCCAAAUUAUUGUGGUGAAUUUGAUAAUUGGGGUGCAGUUAUGAGUGUUUCUGAGGAAUUGUUAUGUUCUUUUGAAUUGUUGGAUCCGUUGGAUAGUGUAGCUUUAAAACAAGUGAUGAAAAAAGGUAAGCAAGAGAGAAAAACAGCUCAAACUUUACAAAGAAUUCAGUCCAGAUGA